GUAAUAAUGUCACACGCAAAUCAAAUCCCACGGAAAAGCUCACCAAACAGCAAAGCACAGCACCCGCGGCCCGCCGGCCGAUUCGUGGAACACCUCGCGGCUGUUCUCUGUUGAUGCCAUGGCGGCGCCGUCGCUGUGGCAGCUGGAGGACGCGGCCAUCGCGAGGCUCCGCGCCUGCGCCACGUUCCGGGACCUCCUCCGAGCGCACGGCCUCGCCGUGCGGCUGUGCCUCUCCCAGAGCAGCUACGUCGCCACCCAGAUCGUGCACGUCUGCAACGGUCACGGCCGCGCCGCGCACGCCGCGCGGGUUUUCGCCCACGUCCCCGCCCCGAACCUCCACCUCCACAACGCCAUGAUCAAGGCCUACGCGCAGAACCACCUCCACCGCGACGCGGUCGAGGUCUACGUCCGCAUGCUCAGGUGCCUCCCGGACCCUUCUUCGAGCGGUGGCUUCUCCGUCGGCGACCGGUUCACGUACCCGUUCCUCCUCAAGGCCUGCGGCGGCCUCGCGGCUUCUCAGCUCGGCAGGCAGGUGCACGCGCACGUGGCGAGGUCUGGGUGCGAGUCACACGCCAUCGUACAGAACUCCCUGAUCGAGAUGUAUACGCGCUGCGGGGAUUUGUCGCUCGCGCGCAAGGUGUUCGAUGGAAUGCGGGAGAAGGACGCGGUCUCCUGGAACACGCUCAUCUCUGCGCACGCGAGAAUGGGGCAGAUGAGGAAGGCACGGGAAUUGUUCCAUUCGAUGCCGGACAAGACGGUGGUUUCCUGGACUGCCUUGGUGUCCGGAUACACCGCGGUUGGGGACUUCGCAGGUGCAGUCGAGGUGUUCAGGCAGAUGCAGAUGGAAGGAUUUGAACCAGACGACGUGAGCAUCGUUGCGGUGCUGCCGGCCUGCGCCCAACUCGGUGCCCUGGAGCUUGGCCGGUGGAUAUAUGCUUACUGCAACAAGCACGGCAUGCUGGGAAAGAUAUACAUUUGCAAUGCGCUGAUGGAGAUGUACGCGAAGUGCGGGUGCAUCGAGGAAGCGCUGCAGCUUUUCCAUGGCAUGUCCGAGAAGGAUGUCAUCUCAUGGAGCACAGCAAUUGGUGGCCUCGCGGCACACGGGAGAGCACGUGAGGCUGUGAAGCUGUUUGAGGUGAUGGAUAGAGAAGGAAGGGUGAUGCCAAAUGGCAUCACAUUCGUGGGGCUCUUGUCAGCCUGCUCCCACGCUGGGCUCCUGGACGAAGGCCUGCGCUACUUUGAUCGAAUGAAGGAAGAAUAUGGUGUGGAACCCAGCGUCGAGCACUAUGGCUGCGUUGUUGACCUCCUCGGCCGGUCAGGGCGAAUCCAGCGCGCUCUUGACACCAUAGGAGGCAUGCCGAUCCCCCCGGAUGGCAAGAUAUGGGGGUCACUGCUCAGCGCGUGCCGCAGCCACAGCGACGUCGACACAGCCGUGGUGGCGGCCGAGCGGCUUGUCGAGCUGGAGCCAGAGGACGUGGGCAACCUCGUCAUGCUGGCCAAUGUGUACGCCGCUGCGGGCCGGUGGGGCAACGUGGCCAGUACGAGGAAGGAGAUACGGAGCCGGAGCACGAGGAAGACGCCCGGGUGCAGCAUGAUCGAGGUGGACAACGUGGUGCGCGAGUUCGUCGCCGGGGAGGACCUGGGUCCUGAGUUGGGAGGCAUUGCUGCCAUAAUUGAUAUCCUGGCCUCGCAGCUUGCUGACGAUGAAGAAUUAGUUGAUUCAGAUUGUGGAGGUGAUGUGAAUGUGUUUGCUAGUGGGUAGUACUGAUACUAUAUUGGAAGAGGUGGUCCGAUGGUGGAAUAUGAGAGGAGAAUAGCGUCAGGAAGAGACCUAGUAGAUGCGAUAGUUUUCAGGUGUUGUUCUGAUCUUUCAGCAAAGGUUGUUUCCUGGAUAGCUUCCAUCAAUGCUGUGUAAACAGUUUUCCCACCUUUUUACUGGUUCAUACAGGCUGAUACAAUUCAACAAUUACAAAGGCUCUAUGAGGAGUUGAUUGAGAAUGAAGAAGACUGCUGGCUGGAUAGAUAUAAGUCAUCUGAGAAAUCAGGACGGUAAGAGCAGUUACAGUGCACAGAGAUGACAUAUUUUGUAAUUUGUAUAUAGUGCAUUAUCUUAAUCUUAACCUUAGUCUUUGAUAUUGAAGGAGCCGAUGGCUAUGGUCCCGGCUCAUUACUCAGCCUUGUACCUAUGAUUCAGUUAAGGGGUUUUACCUAUAUGGUGGUGUCGAUACAGGGAAGUUGAUGCUUAUGGACCUGUUCUAUGAACAGUUUGAUUCGCUGAAGCUCGGUGGACGAGGAGAUGGGGUGAAUAAGGGAAUGAAAGAGCCACCCUCAGCGUCAUGGGCAGUCACAAGGAUAUAUCUGACCACCCAACUGUAUGUUCAACUCGACAAAGAUACAUGCCAAAUGAUGCAGGCUUGAUUCUGGUUCCAGCACUGGAGAUUUUAUGGUGCCAAACAAUUUUGACGACUCAGCGUAGCAUAAUCAAUGAGCCCCGACCACUGAUAGGAGCGCAUGUUACGCCAAGUUAUGCUUUUUACUUGGCUGUUAUAACAGUUUGGAGUAAACAAUCUGAUUGUUCAGGAUUAUGUUUUAUCCAGCUAUGAUUUGAUUUGAGUUUAGGAACGUGGUACUUCGAUGCUGUGAUCUGGAUCGCAGCUUUGUGUUGUUUCAGAUGGAACACUUUAAGGUUGAAAGCACUUAUUUGGGGUUGAUUACGCUGCCCAGUAAUUGUAGCCACCCUUGUCGCAAUCGCAAAUAACUGAUGCGGCCUUCAGAUGUUACUACUUCAA